UUACAGAGCUGCCUUCCAAAUUCCACAAUUAGCAUGAUCAGUGGGGAGUUGCAAUCCUACAGUGACAUCUGUGAAGCUCUGUCUGUCACUGAAAUAACAUUAGGAUUCUUGGCUAUGGCUGGAGGUGACCCAGAGAUGACUUUGAGAGAAUAUGUUGAAAACACACUGCAGAUGGGCAGUCAGACAAGUGUUCAUGUGCUCAAGGCAUUGAGUCGAUGUCACCUGAAGCACAUCAUUGCACUGUGGCAGCUCCUCUCUAACCAUAAAUCUGAACAGCUGCUGUACCUGAAAAGGGAUCCCUUUGCAGAGAUCAGCACACCCUACAAAGAUGAGCUUACCUCAGAGCAUGUAAAACUCCUCAAUGCCUUCCUCAGCCAGGUUGGGCUGGAAUCCUUCCUCCAAGAGUUGCAUGAAAUGAUCAUC